ACUUCUCAGCUCUCACGUCCGUGACCCCCACAACUGCAAGCAGCGGCCGUUAAGCCCCAAGCCCCGAGAAAGAGAGAGAGAGAGAGAGAGAGAGAGAGAGAGAGAGAGAGGGAGAGCCAGUGUGCCACGUAGGAGGAGCGAUUGGUUAGUUCGUAACAGAAUGGCAAAACUCGACUCAGCAGAUUUUCCCGCCAGCUCCAAAUUGGAUGCGCUCUUCUUCACCUAUAAAACCCCUCCUCCUCAUCCUUUCUGGAAGUUUCUCAUUUCCUCCAAGAAGACGAAGCAGCUGAACGAGAGAAGCAGGAGUCCAAGAAAUUUGAGAUCAGUAAUUUGCUGCUUCUGAUUUCCGAUGGCGGAUCUUGAAGAAGACUAUGAGAGAAUGUUGGGACAUUGUCUCAGAUGGUUAAUUGGCCUGAGAUGAGUGAUUCUGAGGAUGAAGUUGAAAUAAAUGAUUUUGUUGAGCUCACUCAGGAUGAGUUGGACCGUGCCACAACAGAGAGUUUUAAAUUACCUCUUUCAGAAUCAAAAAGGGUUGGGUCUGAAGGAAAGCCACUAGUCAUCAUUGAUGAUUAUCUCCUUAAGUAUUUUGAUUCUGGUAAAGCUGAUGUUAAGAUUUUUCAAGAGUUUCCGGUCCUUGAGAAGAUGGAUUCCGGAAAUAAAGAGCCUCAAAAGAAAACUUCACUGGAAGAGUUUGAUUCUGAGAAAUCUGAUUUCAGUGUGGCUGGAGUGAAGAUUGCUGCAGGACAGCCACCAGUCGUCAAUGAGGAUAAUGGCUGGAAGAGUUUUGAAUUACCUCUUUCAGAAUCAAAAAGGGCUGGGUCUGAGGGAAAGCCAGUAGUCAUCAUUGAUGAUUAUAUAGGCUGCAGUAAGUAUUUUGAUUCUGGUGAAGUUGAUGUUAAGAUCUUUCAAGAGUUUCCGCUCCUUGAGAAGAUGGAUUCUGGAAAUAAAGUCUCACAAAAGAAAAGUUCACUGGAAGAGUUUGGUUCUGAGGUUGGACUUGAUGCUGUCAAGCAUGACCAUUUUCCAUGUGCCUUAACAGAGAAAUCUGAUUUCAGUGUGGCUGGAGUGAAGAUUGCUACAGGACAGACACCAGUCGUCCUUGAGUAUAAUGGCCGAAAGGUGUUUCAUUUCCUGUUUCCUUCAAAAGAGAAAUCUGAUAGUGCUGAAGAAGAAUCCACACGAAGGGCUUUUAAUGUGAUUGACAAUGAAGCUGAGAAAGACCACAAAGACGAGUCUAGUGGGGUUGAAGUUAGGACUGUUGGGGGACCAGACGCUGCCAUUGACAAUGCUGCUGAGAUGAUUCCGCCAAAGUGAGUUUCACAGAAGUAAUUCUGAUUUUGUGAGGAUUGUCUUCGCCUGGAAUUUGCUCACGCAAUUGUAAUUCGACGUUCCAUUAUGAUGGACCUAAUUCUGUAUACUUUGCUUGACUUCAUCUGUCACUCCGCAGCACAUAUCUAGAGCUGUUACUCUUCAUAACUCUAAUUGAAAGAUUGCUUUUAAAGACCUUCAUUGACAAAUUGCUUGAUAUGGUAUGUGAUGGUUUUGCAAGGCAACA